UUGAGUUUUGGAUUUCAUCGAGUGUUAGGAAAUUGGAUUUGGAGCCAUAAUGGAUACUUCUAUUCUAUUGCCCAAAGUGCUUUCGAGACGAGGAUUUGAGGUGAGGCUUCAUUUUUUGUUUUCAUAAAGCCUUGGCCCGGUAGAAGCUUCAUCCUUUGUAAAAAAAUCCUAUUAUAAAUGGAAUAUUUCUAAGAAUCAUCGUUCGGAGACUGGUUCUUCGUUAGCUUUCUCUUGGUUCAAUUGAAGGUUGAAAAGAUGAAGACACUAAUCUUAGUCCAAGCAUCAGCACCACCAAUUUCAAUAGCAAAAACCCAACAAUCUUCAACACCACCAGUUUCCACUGUGAAAUCAACCAAAGAUGAACACUUUGCCUAUCUUUCUCCAUUGGAAACCUGCAAUUCCAUGCUCAAGCUCAGGCAAAUUCAUUCCCAAAUAAUUCGAACUGGACUUGCUCGUGAUAAUGAUGCGAUAGGCCGUGUAGUCAAAUUUUGUGCUAUUUCAAAUGCCGGAAAUCUCGACUAUGCACUCCAAGUAUUCGACCAAAUUCCCCAACCAGAUGCUUUUAUAUGGAAUACAAUCAUUCGGGGCCAAUUAGAGGCUGACAGAGCUGAGAAUUGUCUCUCUCUGUAUACUCAAAUGCUUUCCCAAUCGGUUGUUCCCAAUAAGUACACAUUUCCGUCAAUUGUGAAGGCUUGUUCUUGUAUUAAAGAAGGGAAACAAGUCCAUGCCCAUGUUUUCAAACAUGGAUUCGAUUCGGAUUUGUUCUCUCAAAACAAUUUAAUUAAUAUGUAUUUCGGUUAUGGUGAUAUAGACGGGGUACGCAGAGUUUUUGAUCAAAUGACUUGGAGAGAUGUUGUUUCUUGGACCACUUUGAUAAGUGGGUAUGCAAAUGCUGGCCUUAUUGAGGAGGCUCGCCGUUUCUUUGACGAGAUGCCUGAGAGAAAUUCGGUUUCUUGGAAUGCCAUGAUUGCAGCUUAUGUACGAAGUUGUAUGUUCCAAGAAGCCUUUGCGCUCUUUGAACGAAUGCAACAGGAGAAAUUGGAAUUGGAUAAAUUUGCAGCAGCCAGUAUGUUAUCUGCUUGCACUGGAUUGGGAGCUCUAGAGCAAGGGAAGUGGAUUCAUGGGCACAUAGAAAAGACUGGUAUUGAAUUGGACAUGAAAUUGGCGACAACUAUUAUUGACAUGUACUGUAAAUGUGGGUGCUUGGAAAAAGCUGUCGAAGUGUUUAAUGGCUUGCCCCAAAAGGGGAUUUCUUCUUGGAAUUGUAUGAUUGUGGGUUUAGCUAUGCACGGGCAAGCCACAGAAGCCAUUGAGCUCUUUAGAGAAAUGGAAAGAGAAAAUGUGACCCCAGAUGAUAUCACUUUUGUUGGUGUCCUAAAUGCUUGUGCACAUUCAGGUUUAGUGAAAGAAGGGUACCAUUAUUUUGAGUCUAUGACUAGGGUUUAUGGUAUUAAACCCAAAAUUGAACAUUAUGGGUGCAUGGUGGAUUUGCUUGGAAGAGCUGGCUUGUUAGUGGAGGCAAAAAAGCUCAUAGAUGAGAUGCCUAUGAAGCCUGAUGCUGUCGUUCUUGGAGCUCUUUUCGGGGCUUGCAAGAUUCAUGGUAAUAUAGAAAUAGGUGAACAAGUAGGGAAACAAGUCAUUGAGCUCGAGCCUCACAAUAGCGGGCGCUAUGUACUCUUGGCUAACUUGUACGCAACUUUUGGUCGAUGGGAAGAUGUUGCAAAUGUGAGGAAGCUCAUGAAUGAUAGGGGGGUUAAUAAGCCACCAGGGUGUUCUAUGAUAGAAAUGGAUGGUGUGGUUAGUGAAUUCAUAGCAGGAGGAAGAUCGCAUCCUCAAUCAAAAGAGAUAUAUUCGAUGGCGGAGGAAAUGUUAAGGCGUCUAAAGUUGGAAGGCUAUGUGCCUCACAAAGAAGGGGUUUUACAUGAUAUUGAAGAAGAGGAGAAAGAGAGCCCAUUAUACUAUCACAGUGAGAAGCUUGCGAUUGCCUUUGGUUUGUUGAACACGAGUACUGGGGAGACCAUCCGAAUUGUGAAGAACCUUCGUGUCUGUCGUGAUUGUCACAAUGCGAUGAAACUUAUAUCGAAGGUGUACGGACGUGAGAUAGUUGUGAGAGAUCGAAACCGAUUCCAUCACUUCAGUAGAGGAGAGUGUUCUUGCAAAGAUUAUUGGUAAGUACUUCUGAAUAAAGACCUAGGAGAGAUCACAAUACACCAUGGAUGGGAGAUUAGUGAACUGUUUGGUGAGAUAGAUAAGGCGGGUGGUGUUUCACGAAAAAUAUAAGAAUAUGUUUUACCAAGAUACCACAAAUUUGUAAUAUUUUCCCAAAAGCAGGGCUGAUUGUACACUAUACUACAUGUAGUAUAUAGUUUUUAUACUACACGUGGUAUCUACCAUCCACCUUGUUAUAACUGGUAUUGACAAAUCACUACACCACUUGACUUGACAUGGCAGAGGCAUGGGUUAUCUCCAGCGUUUGACCUCGAGGGUCACAGUUUGUGGGGUCUUACGUGAAGUAUGUAAACAAAAUAUUACAUGUAAUAUGCUAUAAUUUUCCUUCUGCAAGUGAAACAUCUUGAAUUCAAGGCCUACUCCAAGCAUUUCAUGAAGCCGAAAG